AUGUUGGUCGUUUUCGGCAAGCAGCGGAAGAGUCUCCUUUCGCCCACUAAGCGGAAGAACACGCUCAUGGUGACACCGGAAGAAGAAUCUUUCCUGGCCUCGCUGCUGGAUAAUCUGUACAGCAGCCUGCCCAGGCGCCAGAGGGGCUACGUCCAGGAGCACAUGUUCGGCGGGGGUGGCAACGGCAUCGCUUCGUUGAUCGAGGCAGACACAGCAGACGCGGCCGCCUUCCCACCCGGCAUGGUCUUCGUGUCCCAUGAGGCUGACACUGCGGGCGACCUAGUACCCAUGGCCCCCGCCACACGCCCGCCCUCCGUGGCCGACAUGUGUCGCGUGGAGAGUACGGGGGACAUUGCCUCCCUGCCCCUCCACAAGACCGCCUCCCACCCACAGCUGUCUGCGGCUUGA